AUGGGUGAACCGGCCAAGGAAGAAACCGGAUCCAAGAGCGAACUCAAGAUCUGGAGAGAACGAUAUACAUCCAAGGGCGGCGCCGAAACAGUGGAAGUUUCUUCUCUCGAUCUAUACAAUGGCCUUCACGAGUUCGACGACCCUUUCGCCCUGGUCGUCAUCCAGGUGUUCAACGACAAACACGUAUACGAUAAGACCAAGCUCAAGAUCAAUUCCCCACACAUCUUAAAGGCCUUUAGAGAAGUGAUAGUAUCCUACCCAACGAUACCGGUCGACUUUUCCAACCCGUUCGAGAUGAUCAGCCCUUUCAAAGGACUUUACCAUCACUGGGAUUCCCUUUUCAAGUACAGGGACAAUCUUGAAGACGCCGUCGCCCGCAAGCAUCUCGAUAUCCUUUGCGAGUUUAUGGAUGUUUCGAUGGGUCCAGAAAAACGCAGAAUUCUUGCCAUGGUCGACAAGGGCCAGAUCGAUUUCGACAGCGUGUGGACCAUCUUCAAGCCGGGAGAGAUCGUCAUCACGGACGUCCAAGGUCAUCCUUGGCAGCUGAAACUCAUCAAGACUGCGUACUCUGAAUCUAAAUGCGAUGGCAAAUUCCUUGAAGUCCACCAGUCGUUCACAUUUUUUGAUGGCACAGAUGUUGUCCGAGGAGUGGAGAUAACAAAGAUCCGCGAGAAGGAUAACUUCCCUCAAGGCACUCCUGGCGACAUAGACGAUCUUGAUGUACGUCCGUGUCAAUUCGAUGGGAGCUGUGUGAGUCAAGACGAACUGGUCAAGCGCGGCAAGAAACAUCUGGAUCUAAAGGCCAAGUCAGUCCACUACUACAACGGUUUCGCGCAGUACCUGAAGCCACCUCCAUCGGACUUUUUCGACCCAGACAUGGAUGCCUUUGAACAUGUGUGGUUCCCAUACACCGAGACCGGACGAGUGAUCGUUGACCCAAAGACUUUUGCAGAGGACUUCAAAACUCAGAGAGGAGUCAAAAUUCACGAAAUCACAGAUAGCGACCUCUCGCUCUGUUCGCCUUUCGUAAUCGGUUACUCGCUGGAUCGGAAGCAAUGGUCACGCCUCUACCUACCAUAUUUGCAACAAGUUGAAUGGAGGCCAGAUCCAUACGCCUCAUUGGUCGUUCCAGAUCAGCAAAUUCAUCUGAUACAAGCCCUGGUCCACUCACACAGGUAUCCUGACAAUCCUCGUGAUGCGAUGGACCAAAAAGGGAAGGGUCUCGUAGCUCUUCUCCACGGCCCUCCAGGCUCAGGCAAAACUCUGACUGCCGAAUGCGCCGCAGAAGAAUCUCACCGAGCCUUGUUGAGCACCUCCCUCUCAGAACUCAACACAGACAACUUUGCGCCUCUGUUCGAAGCGAACCUGAAAAGCGUCCUACGACUCGCCACCUCCUGGAAAGCAAUCGUUCUAUUCGACGAAGCAGAUGUAUUUCUCGAGACCCGCGCCGCCGGACUAAGCCAACAGGACACGGAUCGCAAUGCUAUAGUCGCAGUCUUCCUCCGACACUUGGAAUACUUCUCUGGCAUUGUAUUUCUCACCACCAAUCGUGUCAAAGUGUUUGACGCAGCGAUGAAGUCCCGCGUUCAUCUCGCUCUGGGCUAUGAGCCGGCUGGAAAAGAAUCUCUCCGCCGUAUCUGGACGAAUGCUCUGAGGAAGCUUCCGGAAAGUGACAGAGAUAUUGAUGUGGAUGUUGUGUCGAAGGAACUUGUUCGACAUUCGGUUAAUGGACGGGAAGUGUCCAAUACUAUCAACACAGCGUACACUUUGGCGAGGUUUGAGGGCAAACCUUUGAAGCAAGCUCACCUCGAGACUGUUCUUGGUAUGAGGAAGCAGUUUGAGGCAACUUUGAGUGGUGAAUGA